CCCGAGUUCCGAAACCUUCGCGGCGGCGCGGCGCGUGGCUUGGGACUAGGCGGGACCUUCACUCAGUGGCGCGUGAUGUUGAACACCAUUGCGUUUCCCGUCGAGCCAGGAUUUGGCGGUGCUCCUGUUCUAUUGCUCGACUGGCUUUCGGCCCGUCCCGCCUCCGUGCCUGGGUCUUGGGUUUGAGGCAUCCCCGACCCCUCCCUUUCCCUUCCCUGCGGGCGCCGCCAUGGCGAGCCCCUCCUCCGCGUCGGGCUCCGCCGGCGAUCCUGAGGCUCCCGCGUGCGGCGACGCAGGCCUGCUGGCGUUGGUGCCCGCGCAGGAUCCGGAGACCGGCCCCGUGGCAGUGCUCGACGGGGCGCUGGCGAUGGACGUGUCCGUCGCCCUGCACGGCGGGCAGCUCUCCCCGGCGCUGCGGCGGGGCGCCGCGUGCCCGUGCGCCGGGGAGGCCGAGCUGCUGACCUCUAGCCGCCGACGGCCAGGCGCGCGGCGUGGUGGUCGUGGUGCAGGGCCUGCGGCCGCUGGCCGAGGGCUGCGCGGAGCUGGCCCGCGUGCCCGUGGCCCUGAGCCCGCUCGUCCGCGGGCUCCCGCAGGUGUCGGUGCUGCUGUCUGUUUCUGCGCAGGGGCAGCUGCGCGUGCGCGUCAGGGACGUGGCCACCGGCCGGGAGCGCACGUGGACGCGCUUCCCGGGGGCGUGCGGCUCACCUGGGCAUCACGGCCUUGCCCCCUGGAGGUUCCACCUGCAGGAUCCUCACGCACGGCACGCGGGCUACACGCUGGGCGGCAGGUUCUUGCACGUGGUGGAGGCCCCGGUGCCGCAGGCCGAGGGCGAGGCUGUCGAUCCAGAGGCCACGGCAGGGAAGGUGUGGCCUUGCGGGUAUUAUCUUGCUGCCUAUGCUGCCAGAGAGAUCGCGGGGUCCUGUACGGGCGCGUGCCAAGUGCUAGAGCUGGGCGCUGGGCAGGGCCUGGUGGGGAUGGCACUGGCGGCUGCUGGAGUGAGGGUUACGUGCACCGACCUCUCAGAGAACAUGCCACUCCUCCGCGAGAACUUGAGAGUAAAUGGCCUUGCCGAGCAGGUGACUUUGGUUGACCUGGACUGGCGAUGCCCUGCGUCUCGGUCAAGGGUAGCUGCUUCUCAUCGUUUUGACGCAGUGGUUGCCGCAGAUUGUGUGUUCUGGCCAGAGCUCUUUCGGCCCCUGCUAGACUGCCUGGCGGCCGUGCUGUCUCGGGGAUCCACAGCUUACUUGGCGUUGGUCCACCGCCAGCACACCGUGGAAACAUUCUUACAAAUGCUCAAGGCGGAGUUCGAGGUUCAGGAACUCGCUGGCUGGUGUGUAGAGACGUACCUCAUGAACACGCCACGCCUUUAUUUGGUGAGACACCGCGCGGCAGUCCACCCAGAGCUGAAAUCGCCAAAAGCGUCAAGAACAAUUCAACUAUAGAUCCUCAAUGAGUUUGCUCAAAUGCUUAAUCAAGUUCGUUACGUCCACCUUCGUUUUGGCGCGCCUGCCCCGAGUACCUACAGCCCCCAUGAGUUGGGAGCGAGGUUAUUUUUGUUAUUUGAAUUUCUUCCUCCGCGUGUCUUUAUGUUGUUUCACGCCCCCGAAUUGCAAUCGCGAGAGCGCACUUCAGAGCUGCGAUCGCAAAUUUAUCAUUCCAUUCCAACCAACGGCUGGUUAUGUCCAUUUUUUGUCAGCAAAUAUUGUUUUGAAGCAAAGAUGAUGCCAGCACACAUUUCAAUAAGUAUAGGUGGAUGCCGACAGCAUUGUUGGUGGAUCGAAACCGCUUGUUACAUUGAUUUGCGGUCGUACGACCCCACGCUUGGUUCCAAUUUUUGUGGUCGCCCAAUUUCUUUUAGCGUUGUUUUGGUGGCGCGUUGCGGCCGAAUGCGGUUCGCGAGUGUUCGAUUGCGAAGUAAAUUCAAGGGUUUGAUGAUGGGAG